GUUUCCCAGCAUGCCGCGCGGGGCGGGCCGGCUCCCCGGCCCUGGGAGGAGGCGGCGGCGGAGGUUCCCCGGGCGGGAGGAGGAGCCGCCGCCGCCGCCGAGCGCCUCUCGCUCCGUCGCCGCAGCCCGCCGCCGAGCGCCUCUCGCUCCGUCGCCGCAGCCCGCCGCCGGGAGGGGAGCGGGGCUGGGGCCCGUGCCGCCGCCCCCCGCGAUGCCGCUCUUCGCCACCAACCCCUUCGACCAGGAUGUGGAGAAAGCAACCAGUGAGAUGAACACUGCAGAGGACUGGGGCCUCAUCUUAGAUAUUUGUGAUAAAGUUGGACAGUCACGCACAGGGCCCAAGGACUGUCUUCGUUCUAUUAUGAAGAGAGUGAACCAUAAAGAUCCCCAUGUUGCUAUGCAAGCAUUAACACUUCUAGGAGCAUGUGUAUCAAACUGUGGUAAAAUCUUUCAUUUAGAAGUCUGUUCGAGAGAUUUUGCCAGUGAAGUAAGCAAUGUGUUGAAUAAGGGUCAUCCAAAAGUAUGUGAAAAGCUGAAAGCUCUUAUGGUGGAAUGGACAGAUGAAUUCAAGAAUGACCCACAGCUUAGUUUAAUAUCUGCUAUGAUAAAAAAUCUUAAGGAGCAAGGAGUUACUUUUCCAGCUAUCGGUUCACAGGCUGCUGAACAGGCAAAAGCAAGUCCAGCUUUAGUUGCCAAAGAUCCUGGUACAGUAGCUAACAAAAAGGAAGAGGAGGAUUUAGCUAAAGCUAUUGAACUGUCACUAAAAGAACAAAGGCAACAGCAAGCAGCACUUUCCACUUUGUAUCCUAGCACCUCAAGCCUUUUAACAAAUCACAAACAUGAGGGCCGAAAGGUUCGUGCUAUCUAUGAUUUCGAGGCUGCUGAAGACAAUGAAUUAACAUUUAAAGCUGGAGAACUUAUAACUAUACUUGAUGACAGUGAUCCAAAUUGGUGGAAAGGUGAAACUCAUCAGGGUAUGGGAUUGUUUCCAUCUAACUUUGUAACAGCUGAUCUCUCUGCUGAGCCAGAAAUGAUGAAAGCUGAAAAGAAAACAGUGCAGUUCAGUGAUGAAGUUCAAGUAGAGACAAUAGAACCUGAGCCUGAACCAGUUUACAUUGAUGAAGAUAAAAUGGACCAACUCUUGCAGAUGUUACAAAGUGCAGAUCCAUCUGAUGACCAGCCAGACCUCCCAGAAUUGCUUCAUCUUGAGGCAAUGUGCCACCAGAUGGGACCUCUCAUAGAUGAAAAGUUGGAAGAUAUAGACAGGAAACAUUCAGAACUUUCAGAACUCAAUGUUAAAGCAAUGGAGGCUCUUUCUUUGUAUAACAAGUUGAUGAAUGAAGACCCAAUGUACUCCAUGUAUGCAAAACUACAAAACCAACAGUAUUAUAUGCAGUCAUCUGGUGUUUCUGGCUCUCAGGUUUAUCCAGGGCAACCUCAAAGUAAUGCAUAUUUGGUGGCAGGGAGUGCACAGAUGGGCCAUAUUCAAGGCUAUAAUCUUCCUCCUGAACAACUCCCUUCUCUCAGCCAAGGCACAGUUACUCCAUCUGCCAGCUCAGGACUGCCUGGUCAAGCUGCACAAACAUCCUACACCAAUGCAAUGGUUGGCUCUGUUGCUGGAAAUACAUAUUCUAACCAGGCUUCAGUGUAUAGUCCACCACCUGCUUCUGUUGAUGUUGCUGCUUAUCAGAAUGCUGGAACUAAUAUGUCCCAGGUGCCAAACUAUAACUUAGCAUCUACACCUCUGCCACAGCCCACAGGCAGUCAACAAGCACCUCCACAACAACCACAGCCGCCACCACAGCAACCACAACAUAGUUACUCCCAGAAGGCUCUACUAUAGGAUCCAGGACUUCUGAUUCCUAAUCUUCUUUAACCUCUGCUAAAUGCAGUUGACAAUGUUAUGAUUUUCUUCCUUUAAUCUCUUAAAUUUUGUUUAUCCUCAGCUUAAUAAGAAUCUAUCUUGGUGAACAAGUUCAAUUUGCACUGACUUUUUAGGAUUUUUUUUUUUUUUAAUUUUGCAGAGGAAUGGAUAUAUUUAGGACAUUUAAUUCCUUUUAAAAUGCCUAAAAAUUGGUACAAGAUUAUUUAUGUCUGAUAAGAUUGGCUAGUCUGUGAAAACUCAACACUUGCAAACUGUUGUGGCAUAUAUGUUAUGUACAUAUAGUGUUUGAUUGCAAUAGUGGCCGUUUCGUAUAGCUAUGGUGAUCAUGUGAAUAUAUUUAACACAGUGUUUAAAAAAAAUUUACACUAUUUUAUUUUAAUCAAGAACUGACAACCAUGUUUCAUAAUUUUAUCUAGUUUUAUGACAGAUGUGAUGUCUUUUUGCAAUGCAGGAGAAGUUGUAAUUCUGCAUAUCAUGGUUACACUUACAAGCUAAGGUCUAUAUAUAAAUUUCCAAACCUACCUGAGUCUAGGUUUCAUUACUCUUGAAUUGAACACAAGUGUAUCAUGACUAUUAGAUGGCUUUAUCUACCAAAGUAAACUAGUUAACUUUUUAAAGUGAUCUGGGAAGAUAACAGCAAAUUAUGAUUCUGCUUCAGAUACUACUAAUAACUUAAACCAAUUAUUCAGAGGCUGCUAAACGUAUCAUGGGACCAUAAAACAGAUCAGAAUCUUACAUUCUAUCAUCAAAAGUAUAUAAUUUAUUUUUUCCAUGUUGGCUUUUUACAGUGAGAAUUGGAACUGUAUUCUGUGUGUGUUGGUAGAGAUUACACCAAAGACAAAUUGAGUUGGAAAAGAAACGAUGGAGAUUUAAACUGCAACACACAGCAUGAAUAACACUACUUUAUUCAAGUCUUCUUAUUUAGAACAUGGAGAAUUAUGGACAAGUUAAAUCACUUUGCUGAACAAACCUUCAGGGCUUUAUUUUAUCUCUUGUGGCCUUGUUUAGCAAUUUGUUCUGUGUUUACUGUUCUUACACAAAACACUUCUGCCUUAAACAUCUGUUAAUUUUUUCAGUUUCCAAUUGUUGCAGCAUUUGAGUUUUAGUCCUUCUGUAAUAUAAAUAGUUUUAUGAGGCCUCUUUGAUUUACUUCAAGAUUACUUUGAAUUCUCUCCUGCAGCAACAUGCAUUAACCUUUGUUUCUCAGUAACUUAGCCAGGUUGCUCUUUAAGGCAUAUUAUUUCUUUCUUUAAGGCUCAGGUGCUGCAAAAGGAAUAUGAUAAUGGAAGGCAACAUUUUACAUAUGCUUGAUCAGACUUUCUUGUACAGAGACUGUUGUUACUUUCCAUUUGUAUUCAAUCUGUUAAUGCAUCCUGGUGUCCUCUUACCUUUUCUGGUGACUCUUAUUCCAGCAAUACUAGAUGGCUUCAACAUCAAAUCUGUGCUUUCAGUUGUCUUAGUGUAUAUGUCAAAUGUUUGUUUUUAUGCACUGUAUUUUAAUGUGAUGCUUCUGGAAUUAAAUGUUACAAUUGGUGUACAUUAUACUAUCAGUUAACCUCAGUUAUCCUGUACACUCCUGCCAUCUGUUCAUAAUUAUGUAGCAUGUCUUUGUUUCACUAUUUAAGUAGAUGCUGGUGUUUUGGCUCUGAAUGCUUUCAAACAACUACUUUGACUCCUAACCAGAAUGGUUACAAAACAUGCCCAUAGCUGAUCUGUUCCACUGGAUGAUGAUCAAGCCAGAAGAGCUGGCCAUUUUGAGACUUGUAUUUUCAGUUUUUGUUUUUGUUUUUUUUCCCCCCUCCCUUCCUUUGUAAUUCCCUCAAACCCUCGAAAACUGUCAGUGCUUGGUAUUGUGACAAGACUGUGGAAUUGAAGAGGAAACUUUUUUUGUUUUUUGGGGGGGGCUUUUCGUUUUCUUUGGUUUUUUGUUCACUUGUUUUUAAAUCCAAGUCAUCGUAUCAUAGAUUGCUUUUUAAUACAUUGAAGAGAUGAUUUUUUUUAGAAAGGAAAUGUAAGGCUUAUAUAGUGCUCCCUAUAUGUUUUAGGUAUCUUAUUCUGAAUGCAGAAAAAUAAUGUGAAUAGAAGUAUUCUGUUCUGCAGAAGAAAAAUGAAAAUAACUGUUCUUACUCCAUGGUUCUUAGGCUCCAAGGAGGAGCUUGAAGCAUCAAAACAGCCGAGUUGACUUUGACUCUUCAUAUACUUAGUUUUUCACAUAUAUUGCAUGAUGUUUCCCACUAAGGGCCUAUGGAAUUUCCAUGCAGAAAUGGCUUGGCAGUUUUUUUUGUUAAUUUGUCCUUAUUUUUAAAAAAGUUUUCAAGUCUUUAACAGAAAUGGUUGUCCUGGUUUCUCCUUUGAACAGUGAAAACGUACGUGUUUCUUCGGGUUUUUCUGUCUUCCAUCUUAUUUUUCUUGGACACAUCCAUUUUUAAAGAAAAUUUAAAUCACCUUUGAUUUAUUCUGCUCAUCAUGAUGAAACCCCUUUCUUUAAAUGCAAUGCCACUCUAAAUUCAAUACAGUAAAAGUUUAGAGGGGAAAAAAAAGAUGGACACUUCUUAUUUUUCUUCGUGCUGUUUAUUAGAGCCACUGCUCAAAGUUACUAACUCUAACAAAUCUGUGAAUUUGUUAGCUGGCAUAAUCUGUUUUCCUUAUCUAUUUGUGCAGUAGAUCAUUAGCUCUGUAGGUUUUUUCAUUAAACAACACAAAAGAUUCUUUCAUGUUCUCACUUGGUUGUGUCUCUUACUCUGGAUGUGCUUCAGUGGUGCCUUCUUUUACCUUACUAGAUACCGUUGUUGCACAAAUUCCUUCACUCAUCCUUUCUUCCCCUCUCUAACAAAUUAUUUAGCAGUCACAAUUCAGUUUACCUCUCUGCUUGCUGGUUUAGUAUUGUCUACCUGAAGAUGCCAUUGCUGGUGCUUCUCUGCUGUGAUCUGUUCUGAGAUUUCUCAUUUGUGCAUUGUUUUGACCAAGUUCACAGAGGUUCUGUCUUACUACGGUAUUGAACACUGAAUGGGGCGGGGUAUAUCUACAGCUACUGUAUGGAAGCGUUUUAUAGCAAAGACCCUCAGUGUCAAGAAGUCAGUCUGUUUGAAAGUUAAGAAUCCCCAGAAAUGUCAGCUGUUUUCCAUGUUCCUAUAGAAGGCUUAAUUUUUGAAUUCCAUAUUUCUUUACACAUAGAUUGUCAAUGAACUGAUAAAAUGUUUUCAUCAUAUUUUCUAUAAUGCUUUAACCCUUUCAUUAAGGAAUAUAAAAAUGAAAAUUAAUUUUGGAAAGAGUGUUGUAAUGGUUUAGCUUUCAUAAACUGGAGCAAACUCUGGAAAGUGCCUUCUGUUCGUUUCACUUCUAUAAAUGAAGUUUGCUUACUGGUGUGUAUCAUCUCAGUUUAUGUAGGUAUAACAUAACCUUUGCUAUUCAGAGAAAAAACACUGAAGCAGAGUGUUAAUAUCAGUGUAGCAAAUCAAAUUUUAUGGGAGUAUGUUACAGAGUGUAGGACUGCAUAAUGGUUGCAACAUACUAAUCCACCUCUGCUUAGUAACUGGGACCCGCAGAGAAGUGUAUUUAAUGUCACCAACCAGAGUACAUAGACAGUAGUAAUACAGCAGUAACAAGGAGUAUCAGACAACAUGCUGGAGUUAAACAAAAUCUAAGAACUACUGCAUGUAUUUCCUUCAUGGUAGAGUUACUAUUAAUAGAUUUUAUUGGGAGGGGUCAUAAACACACUAAAAUGGAUUUGAGUCACCAGAACUUUAGAGAAUUCUGCCAGAUUGCAAAUACUUGGGUGCAAUUUAGGAGAUAAAUCUGCUUUUAAUAGCAUGUAUGUAUUUUGCUGAUCAAUUCUAGGCUGCUAUAAUAGUUCUCUGAUUUCAUCUAGAUGGCAGGAACAUCAGAUUUACACUGGAGAACUGCUUAAUACCUCAUUCUCCAAUAUUUUUUUUCAGUAUUUUCUCUAAUAUCACUUACCUGUAUUUUUCACUCAUAUUUCAAAGAUUUCUAUGUGGUCUUUGCUUAUAAAGGUCUUGCGUUAUUCCUUGUCUGCUGGGUUUCACAGAAAGAAUGAGAAAGAACUUCUGUAAUUACAGCAGCUCCAAUGGCACUUGGAAUUACAGGACUGCAGUAUGGCAGUUCCCUUUGGAGAAAAUGCAUGUGUCUGUUGUGAAGAAUGGGGAGCAUAAUUUCUCCUUUUAAAAAUCAGUAGAAGAUUUUGAAGUAAAGUAAAAAUUACAUUGCUAACAGCAGGCAGAAUCAUUUUUUACUCUGCUAAUCAAUCUUAGUAAAGCUGACCAACUUUGCACUACAGAUGCUCCUUUUUCAUUUUCAGCUGCAGCAAAGAAUAUUAACUUUUAUGUGUAUGCUAUACACACAGUGCAUACUACCACAGUCAAACGUGGGAAGGCCUUGAAAUUUGAACUUUUUCUUCAAUGUAUAAAAACACUGUAUAACUCUUUGAAGCCUUGUUUCUUAAACUAAAUAUUUGUGUUUAAAAACAUUCCACUUGCUUCAAUAUAAAAUUGAAGAUCUAAAGCUCAUUUUUAUUGCUGCUACCUUAGCAAAAAGGUGGUAGGAGUUCUUGUUUUUCUCUCCUGCAUGUGCUUCUGGGAAUCCAAAUAAGUUCUGUCGUUGUCAUCAAAAAAAAAAAAAAAAAAAAAAAAAAAAACAAAAACAAAAACACAAAAACCUGCUGCAUCUGUUUUGGUUUUAAUAAAGUGCGCAGUAGGAAAGUGCAUUCUUUUUAGUUUGUUUUGAUGCUCCCUUUGAUGUUGGCAUAUGUAUAUAUUUAGAUAUACUGCACUGUUGUACAAGAGUUGUUUUAGUAAAUAACACUAUUUGUAAAAACUGCUAAUUGUUUUUGGUAUGAAUGCAAAAUAUUAAAGUUGGAGUAUUUAGUUCA